GUAUGUUAACUUGGUAAUUUCUGUCCUAAGGAAGCACGAGGAAGGAGCGUCACGGGAGUACACCGUUUGGAAGAGUCUGAUGCACUGCCAGUGUCCGAAAUACACACGUUUUCCUUCUGAUCACCGUUUUAUUCCUCAUGACCCCACAACAGCUUUCUGUGAGCUACAUGUAACUCAAACACACCAGCGAAAGCAGAGUUGGAUUUGCUAAUCUUAAUCAAGUUGAACUGUGGAGCGACUCUCUGCAGCAACAUCUGCCUCUGCUUACGGUGCCAAUCUUCAAACCUGAACAUGAUAAAAAUCACCAGGAACUUACAAGCAGCAAUUGGAGCUUAUUAUGACUUUGAGAGCCCAAAUAUCAGUGUGCCCUCUAUGUCCUUUGUUGAAGACGUCACCAUAGGAGAAGGGGAAUCUAUACCUCCUGACACUCAGUUUAUAAAAACAUGGCGGAUCCAGAAUUCUGGGUCAGAGGCUUGGCCUCCAGGGGUUUGUCUUAAAUAUGUCGGGGGAGACCAGUUUGGACAUGUGAACAUGGUGAUGGUGAGAUCUCUAGAACCCCAAGAGAUUGCAGAUGUCAGUGUCCAGAUGUGCAGUCCCAGCAGAGCAGGAAUGUAUCAGGGACAGUGGCGGAUGUGCACUGCUACAGGACUCUACUAUGGAGAUGUCAUCUGGGUGAUUCUCAGUGUGGAGGAGGGUGGACUGUUAGGAGUAACACAGCAGCUGUCAUCCUUUGAAACGGAAUUCAACACACAGCCACAUCGCAAGGUAGAAGGAAACUUCAACCCGUUUGCCUCUCCCCAAAAGAACCGACAAUCAGAUGAAAACAACUUAAAAGACCCUGGGGGUUCCGAGUUCGACUCGAUCAGCAAAAAUUGGGCUCCUGUUCCUGACCAAACCGAGCAAGAUCAGGAUAGACUGUCACAGAACUCUGUAGAUCUGUCCCCCAGCAGUCACGCAAACAACCUAUCAGUAGUGACUUACAGUAAGGGGCUCCACGGGCCUUACCCCUUCGGCCAGUCUUAAACGGGUCUCAGCAAGAAGAAAAGUUAACAAAAGACAGAAGGCCUGACUUUGGGGGGAGAGGGUGAGGGGUUCCUCUGGAUUGCAGAGCAAGCACAUCGCACGGACCCCUGGCUCAGACCCCCACCCACCCCCUCAAUCACGGAAGAAGAGGAAGAAAGACUCGUUUUGAGUGAGCUCAGUAUGCAUGUGUGAGUGCUGAACUGCAGGAAUGGUGUUGGCAACCAAGAAGAAAUCCUCGCAGCCACCUUGGGUUUGGGUGAUGACGUCAGUCUAAUGAGUUGUUAGGUCAUUUGGGAAGGGGAAGAAAUUUAAAAUGGGGGAAAAUAAGCCAUCUUUUUAAACAAAAAUUAUUUUGCCUACAGA